GGUGUGGCAACAGCAUACACCUGUCCACCAAUUACACCACCACCACCACCACCUCUAUCACAUCGAAAAACAAUCUUCUUUGCGCCCAUGACGGUCUGGGUGAAUUGAGCCCGUCCCACCGCUUUGGGCACUCUGCAGUCUGUGGAUCGUCGCAAUGGACCCCGGCACGGUUGUCUCUGUGCUCGAGAUUGUGGGCGCAGUGGUGAAACGCCUCAUCGAAGCUGGCCAGACCAUGCACGAUGCUCCAGAAGGUCUGACCCGCGUUAUCAACGAGACCGAAAAGCUCCGCGCGCUGCUGGACCGGCUGUUGAUCUUCCAGCGCGCUCUACCUCAGGAGCAGCGAGACAUCCUCGACAAACAAGUGAGUUCGGCCGAAUGGACCGACCUGCUGAAAGACCUGGACGACCUCACAUCUGGCAGGAAACCUGGCAACAAGGACGGCGACGGGGGAGAAGGGAAGAUGAAGCUUGCGGACAGGUGGUGGUGGCUGCGGAGGAAAGACGUCGUCGAAGACAAAGUGAGGAAAUUGCAGGAACAGACGGAAUGGAUAUCGAAGCGGCUCGUAAACGAGUACCUUUUUGAACAUCAUCAACAACUCUCUCAGAAUUCGGAACAAGUCUCCAAGAUCCUGGAUUUGGUCAUGUAUAUGGCCCUCAAGCUGAAUUCAGACAACCAUGUCACGCCUCGGUUCGAUGACAACGGCGUCUAUUCUCCCUACAAGGCCGAGGGAAUUGCUUGGUAUGGGCAGUACCGUUGCAAGCCGGGCCAGGAUCUCACAAUACCCUACUUCCGAGACCGGCACCUGCUGUCUGAACGGGCCUGGGCUGGCAACUGGAAUGAGGUCAUAGAGUUGCUCGGAAAGGCCCGCAAGGAGUAUAGGCAGAAUUGGAUCAACUGCACGCCAAUAUACAAAGCCACCGAGAGACACAGCAUCACCAGUGGAUUCAGGCCUUUGCACCAAGCCGCAUGGCACGGGAACAAGUCGGCCGUGGAGUCUCUGUUGAAGGAGGGAGCCUGGCGUCUCGUGAGAACCUCGCGAGCGACGAGAGAUUCGACCGAACACAGCACGCCGCUGGACAUUGCCCGAGACCACGGAUGGAGGGACCUCUACGAGAAUCUCAGUCCCGUUAUCAGACGGCCUGUAAGCCACAAGACGCUGCAGAACCUGCAGACCCGCCUUCACGACUUGAUCAACGACACGUUCGGCAGCCACCCAGACGCGCAUCUCGACUGCUUUCUCCUCCCCGAGCUGGAGAUCCUGACCGAGUUUGACCGGUCGCGCAUCUGGUUCCCCCUGAACCCGGAACUGCUCGACACAAGGGAAGGGCUCGCCGUCCACAUCAUACUGGAGCGGAACGAACUGGUCACUGUCAUGCGGUGGGAUAGGACCAAGAGGAAGAACUAUCGGAUUUCCACGUCCGGGGUCCAGGAGAUCCAACAAGCUGUUGUGCUUCGCUGAGUGAGGGCUCGUCUGCCGAAAUUGAGUACUAGAGCAAGCAAGCGCCAUUGCCAGCGGACGUUGCGUUAGUAUUUCUUAUACUGAUGAAUGUUUCAUUCAGUCAUAACUGGCGCCUAUGAAUAUCGUGAUAUGGAAUUAGGCCUCUAGAACGAAGCAUUGUUCCCUUUUUAUCAGCAAGGUCCAAUAUAGUAAGCAAAAGUUCCAGGUGGAGGAACGCUCCCGC